CAGGAGGCUGUGAAGAGCUGUGAAAGGCCACUGACUGCCCACGAGGUAGCCUGACAGAGCAGGAGUCCUGGUCGACACGGUGUGGAGAUGCGGCUGAAGUAGUCUUCCCUGGCACGGCUGUCUUCCCCGCACCUGAAACUGCACAACAUGGGCUGCAUGAAAUCAAAGCAAACUUUCCCAUUUCCUUCCACGUUUGAAACUGAGAAGCGACAUGAGAAUGAACACACCUUUAUGGCAGAAGACAGAUUUCUAUCCAGGAUGCUUUAUCCAGGUACAGAACAAGUCCAACAGGAAGUCCCAGGGUCCAAUCCUGUGAUCCAGAAGUAUGCACAGAACCUGGCCGAGGAAAUCUUGCACGAUGCCCUGCAGCAGUGGGCAAGCAAUCACAUCAAGUACUGCCACAUCCCAUACAUUGAGAACGAGAGCCCCGACGCGGUGGGGGAUGGCCCCUGUGGAGCUGUGGGUGGAGCUGGUGCUAGCUUAAAGACAUGAAGCAAACAAAACUGGUGUGGAUACGCUUAACCACAACUGGAUGCAUAAACGUCUAUGAUAAUAUGAGUAGUGUAGGAUACUUAUGACGAAAUGUGAUUUUUUUUUAAGCAGUUCUAUGUUAACAGCAAUUUAUCUGCUUGGUCUUGAUUUUUGGUCAUGGAAGGUUUGGUCCUGUGGUACCCAGUAAUUGGCUGUAUGUCCUACCACUUUGUUCUUGAGGGAGUAGUAGAUCACCAAAGAAAAUGUUGAUGAAUACUAUGUUCCCCAAGUUCCAAAUCAUUAUUUUAAAGGACUUAUUUUAAAAUGAUUAUUUUUGUUUACACACACACACACACACACACACACACACACACACACACCCCUCAGAAAAGGAUUUUUCUUAAAAUGUCUUGGCAAGGGACAGAUUCCAGCCACACUGACUUACAGCAGGUCUUAUUUGUUGAAACCAUU